AUGGGUAAGAUCCGAGGUUUCUCGCUCAAACACCGGGUCACCAAACUUUUCCGGCGUGUUUUCCGACGGAGUUGCAGGUCAGCUGGAUACCGUCUUCUGGAUCCGUCUGAAACCUGCCCGGCCAAACGUAUUUCAACGCUCAUAAGCUGGACCCACAACCUCAGGACAAAAGCCAAGGCUAUACUUUCCAAUAAUCGUGGUCCAGGCUCGGCCCCGGGCUACCUGCGAGUUGGGCAAGAACCGAUACAAGAAAAGCCCGUGCCCGUUCCAAAAGGGCAUGUGGCCGUGUACAUGGGUCAGAAAGAUGGAGAUUUUCGUAGGAUUUUGGUGCCCGUAGUGUAUUUUAACAACCCUUUGUUUGGAGAAUUAUUGAGGGAGACUGAAGAAGAAUACGGGUUUAAUCAUCCGGGUGGGAUUACCAUACCAUGUCGGGUCUCGGAGUUUGAGCGUGUCCAGACCCGAAUCAAGGCUGGUCAGUGUAACCGGCAAUCGAUAACAUCCAGCAUGUCCCACCGGCGUUUGAUGGGCUAA